AUGUUCACACAUUACCCAUCACCGAAUCGACAAGGUUCGCAACCAUUGCCGAUCGGUACACCUCACAUCACCAAGCUUGGAGCAAAUAAACAAGGCCAAAACUGCGCUUCCAUGUCCUCCAUCGUGCGCGAUUUGCAGUACAACCGUCAAAAAGAAGAACGAACGGCACCAGAGAAUCUACCCGACAACCCAGCUUCUCGAUCAGCGAGUAACUCAUCAUUUUCGACCAGAGCGCGUUCUUCAUGCCCAGUGAGAAUUUCACGGUCCAAAGCUCACCACGGCACGACAAGGUUGCUCCCCGACCUAUCACAGGAUAAAACCACCCCAUCAGCUCUAUCAUGGGGUCAAGCUAGCUCCCACAAUAUAAUGUUUAGUCGAUCUGAGGCCCCAGGGUUUAGAGGCUUGCUGCAAGCAUCAGAGAAAGCAAAUGCACCCAUGAAAACUAUCCAGGACAUUGACGGGGACAAUGAGUAUUUUGAAGCUAAGCGUCUCAAGCCAAUGGAUUGGAGGAGCGCCCGGGGCAUGUUGCAGCAGCCCAUCGGUGCUGUAACUUCGCCCUCGAACCUCACUGCCUCCCAAAGCACCGCUGGAGAAUCUCAUUUCUCCAACACAGACUUUGUGUCACCGUCAUGCUCGAUGCACACUGACAUCACAUGUCCUGAAGCAGACGAGUUUGACAUUGACGCGGGAAUCCCCGAUGGUGAUGAUAUGGGCCAUCUUUUGAAUCCCACUGCCCAUUAUAGAAAAUUGGAUAUGCUUGAAAUCAGAACCGCUAAGCUCUGCGGUGUCCUCGAGAACCCGCAAGUGCAUAAGAAGUCAGCAGUUGAGUGUUUGGAAUCCUUGACUGGAGUGAAAGAAGCCCUUAGCAUGUUGCACGGAGCAGGUUUCUGUGGCAAUGCACUGUCCAUUCUGGUUCAGGAUCCAUCCAGAACCGAUGUUGCACGUUCGGUGCACAUAUCAUUGGACCAGAUAAGUAAUUGCAUUCUGUCAGAGGAGAUAAUUGUCCAAGAUCUCGUUGGCAACUUAUCGCUGGGUGUAUCUCAUGGGCUAGAUCCGGAGUGGCUUGCUUACUGGCAAUUUAUGACUACAAUUCUUUCGAUCGGUUUGGUCUCAUUUUCCGGCUCCCAUGUAUGCCGCUUUGAUGAGAACCUUUGGAAUUCAAAGAUGGAUAAGAUUUCAGUCGGCUACGGAUAUUCAUUUACUCCUCGACCGCUAGCAUGUUUGAAGAAUUUCAUUGGUGGUCCAAUUUGGAUUUUGGGGGCAGACGAGCCAAAUGCCGACUCCAGGGAAAUGAAAAUAUCACUGACUGUCGAAGACCUUCAGGAGCUUUGGGGUCCGAUAGAGAUAGUUGGAGGGGCGCCUGGACUGAGUCCAAUCCUCAGAACAGAAACAGGAUACAUAAUCCCUCUUCGUCGUCAAGACCAGUCUGAUCCGUCAUUGAGGGAGAUAGAAUGCCACUGGCAGAAGCACAUCCCAGACUAUAUCAUAAACCUACAGGAACGUCCUAUUCUUUUGAAUAGCUCCUCUCAAAUCUUGAUUGGAACAGACAGCCUCAAUCCAACUGGAUUGACACUCAACCUGAACUGUUCCUUGGAAAUCAAGAAACUCCAAUCGAGAAUUAUCUCGCAGCUGAAGUAUUAUGAUACACACAAGGCUCAUAACACCUUUGAUGGUAUUGAUCUUCAAGCGACCGGAGGAUUCAACUUCAGCUUUGGACCUGUUAUAAAAUUUAAACGAAAUCCAAUGCGGAAGUGGAAGACAACCAUCAUCUAUGAGUGCAAAUCCCAGAAAAUCAAACUGAAGCCACUUCUCAACUUAUACGUUGGCCUGGAGGUGAGCGCAUGCACUGGAAAUGCCCAAAGAGUGACGCUUUGGGACGCUCUUCGAUUAUCGCACACAAAAGCCAGGCCUAAUCACGGCACUUCACUGUGUAGACAUCGAGUUGCUGACCCAGAAUGUAUUAAAAAAUGUUGGACUCGCUGCCACUCUGACGAUGACAUUGACUCAUCUGUCAGCAUUCCAACAAUUGGACCCAUCAGUACAGAAAAGAUCCGAAGUCUUAUAUUUGAUUCGAUAAUAGCACUUGAACAUACUGGAAUUGACCACGAGAAUAAUCUCCAAGCUUAUUGGCCAUUCUGUGAUCAACCACGGACGCGAUCGAUAAAAGCUACACCAAGUAUACUUGGAGUCGGUACAAGCAAUAAUUGGUUUCGGAUUAUCAAAGAUACGCACAGUGUGGCUACUUUUCCCGUCAUCAGCCAACGUUGCCUGGAAUAUGGAGACCAGCAAGAUCAUUGGUAUACAAGACCAUGUUCUUCGAGAGAAAAUAAAUUGGGUUCAUGUACAGCCUUUUCCACUCGUCUGGCACUCACACCUUCUCUCCGAUCGGCCUGCUUGGAUCCAGAAUAUGACCAUCGUCGCUAUGCAUCAUCUAUCAUCAUUGAAUCCAUGAGCGAGCUUCGACUGGGGGGCAAUAUAAUCGUCGGAGAUGCCGCACUGACGGUUGAAACAGUAGUGUCUGGCGAACCAAACUUGCUUAUUGCUGCUGCCAGCACAAACUCAAUACAAAAUGGUUGGAUAAAACUUGCGACUGGAACAAAGUUUCAAGAGGAUUUGGAUCUCGAUCUUUCUACUGGAAUUCAGGUUUCACUUAUGGUUUAUUAG